UUUCUACCAUGAAGUUAUUCUUAGUACUGUCGAUGGCUUUGGCCAUAGCCGUUGGAGCGGCCAUCGAAAAGCCCGCUGAGAAGGUGGAAGCGGACAAGGAUUCGGAAAAGACGGAGUCCAAAGUGGAAGAAAGUGACGCCAAAGUGCAGGAGAAGCGUGGCCUGUUUGAUUUCGGAUAUGGAGCAGAACCGGAGUUGCACGGUGGGUUCAAGCCGUCGUUUGGCGUUGAUUCCGGCAGUGUGGCGUCGAGUCGCCAUUAUGAUGAUUACAUCCACGAGGAUCAUCAAACGGUGAUCCACAAGGAGGUGAAAGUACCGUAUCCGGUUGAGGUGGAAAAGCACGUGUAUGUCGAGAAGAAGGUCCCAGUUCAUAUCGACCGACCCGUGCCUUACCCGGUGACCGUGGAGAAGAAGGUUCCAGUUUAUAUCGAAAAGCAUGUUCCAUAUCCGGUGGAUCGCCCCGUGCCAUAUCCAGUGAAGGUUCCAUAUCCGGUCCAUGUGGAGAAGAAGGUCCCUGUGUACGUUGAGAAGGAGGUUCACGUUGACCGCCCGGUUCCGUAUCCGGUCCACGUGGAGAAAGAAGUCCCAGUUUACAUCGAGAAGAAGGUCCCCGUGAUAGUCGAGAAGAAAGUUCCGGUCCGCGUUGAGGUGCCCGUUCCGGUAGUUCAUAGAGUCGAGGUUCCCGUUGACAAGCCGUACCCUGUCCAUGUUCCGAAGCCAUACCCCGUGUACAUCGAGAAGGAGGUCAUCAAGCACGUCGAUCGCCCAGUUCCAGUAGAAGUUGAGAAACCGGUUCAUGUCCCGGUGUACCACAAGGUCGAAGUCCAGAAACCGUAUCCAGUGUACGUUGAAAAGCCAGUUUAUGAGGACAAGGAGAGUGAAGAGUAUCAGCACCGUUACGAGCAGUACAAGCAGCAUCAACACCAGCAGGAAGAACAGUACCAGCAUCACCAGCAUCAAGAACAGUACCAGCAUCACCAACACCAGCAGGAAGAACAGUACCAACAUCACCAACAUCAACAGGACGAACAUCACCACGUAGGUCCCAGCUAUAUCCGCGAUCCGAUCCACGUGGUCGAUGAACGAUCUCAUCAGGCGAGCCACGAAAGCCAGGAGCAUCAUCCCGAACAGCAGGAGUACGCCGAAUCGUCCAAGAAAGAGGUGAAGAGCGUGGUGCCAGCUGCCAAACCUGCCGAAGACAAGCCAAAGCACCAGGAGCAGCACCACCACAUCCCGUCCCAUCGUGCCAACAACGAUCAGUGA